UAUUCCAUGGUGCAUUUCAUCAGAAGAUGGGACAGCUAUUGAUAAACUUCAAACUUCCGGAAUACGUUUCUAUCUUUUUCGUCACCACCGCUCAAAGUCAUAGACCCAAAUAAUUGAGCACUAGUCGGAUUCGAGGCGUGGAACUGAGUCAUCGCUUGCGGCCAAUCUUUUCACACCCACGUUGUCCGUGAUCCACCCCAGAUCGGUAAUUAUAGUUGCCAAAAUUGUCUACCCAAAUCCAAAGUCUUCCACAGGCACCAUAGUUGUAACUCUGGUCACAUCAUCCCAUCGCCACUGGCUCCCCGAUCUCCCAUUCUUAAUCUUGUUCCCUUCUGAUUCUCUCUCUUGUAGUCUUCCUUCUCCCUAUCUUCGCGUUUCUUUCGACGACCGUACCAACGGUCGGCCACCACUUGGUGGAUGGAUUCCUCUUUUCCUGAAAACAUCCCACCACCCUCCUCGAUCUCCCGUUCUCUUCUGCAAUGACUCAUCGUCACCGCCCUCCCUCCCUCCUCCUCAUCCUCUCGCCUUUCCUUCUACUCUCCUCCUUAGCGUCCUUCAAAAGUGAUUUAACCGCCGCGGCCGAAUGCCUCCCGGAACAGAGAUCCGUUCUCCUUCGGCUGAAGAAAGGCUUCUCCACCAGCAAGUCCACCACCAACCUCGGAUCUUGGAAGUCGGGCACCGACUGCUGCGACCACUGGGAGGGCGUUACCUGCGACCCGGCUUCUACGGGUCGGGUCACCGCUCUCAACCUUAGCAACCGCUUCAUAUCCGGUACGAUCGAUACCAUCCUCUUUAACCUCACGUCCCUGAGUUCUCUUAACCUUGCGUACAAUCUGUUCAACCAAAGUCUCCCGUCGUUGAGGUUCGAGAAGCUCGCUAAUCUCACUCGUCUCAACCUCUCCAACGCCGGCUUCUAUGGCCAGAUACCGUCGGGCAUCUCUCGCCUAACGAAGCUGGUCUCUCUCGACCUCUCUACAUUGUUUCUCAACGAGAAACCUUCCACCUCACUCAAGCUUCGUGAUCCUGAUCUCAGGACCUUAAUUGCAAACCUUAGGAAUUUGAGGGAACUCUACCUCGAUGGCAUCAACAUCUCUUCUGAUGGUUCCGGGUGGUGCAGAGCAGUGUCCGACUCGACCCCUGGCCUUCAAGCGCUGAGCUUGGUAUCCUGUUCGCUCUAUGGUCCAAUUGAUUCAUCGCUCUCCAAGCUUCGGUCAUUGUCGAAACUUCGCCUUGAUCAGAAUAAAUUUAAUUCCAGUGUGCCGGAGUCCUUUGGUAAUUUUUCUUCUUUAGCCGAGCUUCGUCUCAGUUCUUGUGGGCUAACAGGCUUUUUUCCGGCAAGGAUAUUUCAGCUUAGGAAUUUGACAUUACUUGAUGUCUCGGACAAUACGGAUCUUUCCGGGAAUUUGCCUGAGUUCCCCGAAAAUAGCACCUUGGAAACUUUGGUUCUGUCGAACACGAACUUUUCUGGGACUUUACCUGGCUCUAUUGGAAAUGUCCGGUCUUUGGCAAACUUGCAGCUUUCAGGUUGUAGAUUUUCUGGGACUUUACCUCGAUCUAUUGGAAAUCUCAAGUCUUUGGCAAACUUGCAGCUUUCGCGUUGUAGACUUUCGGGGGUCAUACCCUCUUCUUUUAGCAACCUCACCCAGCUGGUCCAUUUGGACCUCUCAUUCAAUAAUCUCAGUGGUGAGCUACCUUCAAUGGUUCGAUGGCGAAGCAUUUCGGACGUAGUACUUUCGGAUAAUAUGCUGACUGGAUCGAUAGCUUCCUCUCUUGGCAACCGAAUGCUUCCCAAUCUUACAAUAAUUGAUCUAGCAAAUAACUCACACUCUGGUACGAUUCCUGUGUCGAUGUUUUCUCUACCAUCCUUACAGAUUUUGCGACUUAGCCAGAACCAGUUCUCGGGUCUUCUCGAAGAGUUUUCAAAUCCUUCUUCCACGCUGUCAUCUGUUGAUUUGAGCAACAACAAGCUGCAGGGACCAAUUCCAAAGUCAGUCUUUCGGCUCUCAAGGCUAAAAAUUCUCUCUCUUGCAUCAAACAACUUCAGUGGUACAGUGGGGCUAGCCUCGAUCGGGAACUUGAGGAAUCUCUCGUAUCUGGAUCUCUCAAAUAAUAUGCUGUCAGUAAUAGAUGGAGAUGAUAAUUCUUCGUGGGUUUCUUUCCCCAAUAUCAGCACAUUGAGACUGGUAUCUUGCAAUCUGAACAGGCUUCCUGGUUUUUUGAGAUAUCAGAAUGGAGUCAGUACCCUGGACCUCUCGAUGAACAGAAUUGGUGGCAGUAUACCCAGGUGGAUAUGGAUUAUUGGGAACUACACUUUCAAUUACUUGAAUCUUUCUUUUAACAUGUUUACCAGCGUGGAAGGACCUCCACCCGAUCUUUCCAAUAUCAGUUCAAUGAUCCUUGAUCUUCAAGCCAACAUGCUUCAAGGACCCCUUCCUCUCCCUCCACCGAACACCAUUGUUUUGGAUUACUCGAACAACUCCUUCACGUCUUCUAUUCCAUCCAAUUUCAGUGCAUAUAUUAGCUUCACCAUCUUCCUUUCACUAUCUAAUAACAGACUCACAGGAGAAAUCCCUCCUUCCAUUUGUAAUGCAAGCUAUCUUCAAGUCCUUGAUCUUUCAAACAACAAUUUGAGUGGUUCGAUCUCAUCAUGCCUUACAGAAGGUAGCAAUCAUUUGGGCAUACUGAAUUUGAGAGGGAACCAGUUUGAUGGAACCUUGCCUCAGAAUUUUAACGGAAAUUGUGCUCUGCGGACAAUAAAUCUCAAUGGUAACCAGUUGAACGGGCAUUUACCCAGAUCCUUGGCCAACUGCAGCAUGCUGGAGGUUUUGGACCUUGGAAACAACCACUUUGUCGGCCCCUUUCCAUACUGGCUGGGGAAAAUUUCUACGCUGCGCGUCCUUGUUCUGAGAUCCAAUGAAUUCGGUGGCCAUGUUGGGCCUCCUCCAGGAAACGAUGGAAGUAAUUACACAUUUGAGAUGCUGCAAAUAUUUGAUCUGUCUUCCAACAACUUCACCGGCAGCUUACCCUCGGAAUGCUUUAAGAGUCUAAAAGCCAUGAAGGCUAAUUCAGAUUUUAAUCGCUCUACUGUGGAUUAUAGGUACCUGGAGUGGAGCAAAUCAUCCUACUAUCAGAACAGUGUCACAGUCAUAUUCAAAGGGCUGGAGAUGACGCUAGUGAAGAUCCUGACGAUCUUCACAUCCAUUGAUUUCUCAAGUAAUCACUUCGAAGGCAGCAUCCCGGGGGAGAUUGGGGAACUCCAUUCACUGGUGGUGUUAAACAUGUCGCACAAUGCUCUUAUAGGUGGAAUCCCUCCUCAGCUUGGGAACGUGCUCCAGCUCGAGUCUUUGGAUCUCUCUUCAAACGACCUCUCAGGCGAAAUUCCCCAGCAACUGACUUCUCUCACUUUCCUUUCUUCUUUGAACCUCUCAUACAACAAUUUAUCGGGAAAAAUACCACAGGGUAGUCAGUUCUCUACAUUUACGAACACUUCGUUUAUAGGGAAUGAAGGAUUAUGUGGGUUUCCAUUAUCAAAACAAUGUAAUUCAACACCUGUGGACCCUUCUGCAGAGUCCUCCAAGUUAGAUCUAAACUGGCAAUUCAUAUUCACAGGAUUGGGAUUUGGAGGGGGAUUGGCAAUGGUAGUGGGGCCUCUUAUGGUGUGGACCAAGGGGAGGAGGUGGUACAACAAGCUUGUUGAUAAACUGCUUUGGGCCAUUAUACCGAAAUGUCAUUGUGACACCCUUGGUGAUUGUAAGGUGGGGGAUGAGGACAUGGUCGAUGACUCCAUGGAGAUGGAAGAGGAGGGCAGAAGGUUCUGCGUCUUCUGUACUAAAUUACAUUUUGUUGGCGGUCGAGUCAUAAUCCGUCAUGUGGAAUGCUCUUGUCUUCGAAUAGAAGAAUAGAGUUUUUUUUUUUUUUUCUUUGUUUUGUAUAUAACAGCAGUCAUAUAUAAAAUAGCUGUAAUCUGCGUAUUUAAAAGGAUGGAGGAUGGAUUCGUUUGAAGAAUCCUAGUUUUCUUUUCA